AUGCCUCUCUCAGCGCCUGUGGCUAAGUUGCAUGCCUCGCCGCUGUUCACGGUGCUGGUGGUCGUGUGGGUAGCAUGCGGUGCAGUGACAGCGGCGUGGCUACUGUGGGACCGGCACUCGCAGUACGAGAGGCACAGAGAGGAGGCGCUGGGCGUGUGGUGCAAGGAGCGCGCCCUCAUGCUGCAGCAGCUCGUGCUGGCCCACGCGGGGCAGAUGCAUACUCUUGCAGGGCUGAUUUCGGUGAUGGGCAAGCCAGGGCAAGGGAGCAAGUGGGAGAUGGGCGGGUGCUUGAAUGGCAGCAUGUGGGGGUCGUUCCUCACUCGCACGGCACAAACUCGCCCGGGGAACACGGGUGCACUCGCGUGUGCGGUGGUGUACGAUGCAGAGAGGGCGGACUUUGAGAAGCAGUACGGCAGCAUCAGAGAUAACACGCUGAUCGUCAGCACCCGCCGCCCCAUCUACUGCCCAAAGAUUUUCGAACUCACAACACUCUUUGCCACCAACGGCCCCAGCAACGUCGACAUGUCUCAGCGAUUCUACUCUUUUCACUCUCUGGUGGAGGAAGGCAGACACUUCUACACCUGGCCCUACCCACUCGCUAACCCCCUCACCCAUGCUGGAUUCGGUGUCAGUUUUCCUCUCCGCCGCAGCGUCCCCACCAACCACUCGAGGCAAUCAGCAGCGGGACCAGUGUACGGGUCACUUGCUGCUUCCGUUGACGUGACUUACAUUGCUCAGAAGGUCCUAGAGGAGCUCUAUGAACCUGACCCAUCCAAGUCCUUUGAGCUAUACGACAUCACCGACCCAGCCACCCUCUUCGCCAUUGUCUCUCCAGUCCCCCCCCAUGCCUAUUUCCGCCCCGACGACAAGCUCCCCUACAUGCACCCCUCCCCGGAGUCCGAAACCCGCCCCUGGGAGCAUAGAGCCGUGGUGCCUUUGGAGGAGAUGGGAGCAGGCGUGCGCAAAUAUGAAGUCUGGUGCAGGCACACCCAGCCUUCCAACUUGUGGCAAUCGUGGGGCGUCCCCAUCCUCAUCGCCCUCUUCGCCCUCUUCCUCGUGCUGCUCGUGCUGCUGGCUGCUUGUCUGCAACGCGCCAAGUUCCUGCAGACCCAGCAGCAGGUGGCGGAAGCGGAUAGGCUGAGACGGCAGGCGGAGCGUGCAGAGGUGUCUAAGAGCAUGUUUGUGGCGUGCAUGUCUCAUGAGCUCAGGACACCGAUGAUUGGGAUCAUUGGCACAGCAUUCCUGCUUCAUUCAUGCACGUCUGCCGCGUCUGCUGCAUUCCUGCAGUGCAGCCCCUGCAUCUUAUGGGGAAUGCAGAUCCAGCAGCAGGUGGCAGAGGCCGAUAGGCUGAGACGGGAGGCGGAGGGCGCAGAGGCGUCUAAGAGCAUGUUUGUGGCGUGCAUGUCUCAUGAGCUCAGAACGCCCAUGGUUGGGAUCACUGGCUUGCUUGAUGCUCUGGCAGAUAUGAGCCUGAGCGCCUCUCAGCUCGCAGAUCUCCUCAUGGCCGGGGCAUCAGCAAGAGAUGCACUGCAUCUGGUCAACCGCGUGUUGGACCUGGCGAAGCUGGAGGCAGGCAAGGCGGUGGUGGAUGAGACGGUGAUUGAUGUGAGGGAGUGGCUGGAUGCCACGUUGCACUGGCACGCGGAAGAAGCGCGCUCCAAAGGCAUCGAAUUGAGCAGCAGUGUCAGCACGGAUUGUCCCUCGCAUGUCAUUGUGGACCCCUUGCUCCUCAGCAAUGCGCUCAAGGAGAUCACAGAUAACGCUGUCAAGUUCACGACACAAGGCCACGUGACAGUGCGGGUGUCCCUCAUGCCGCAAGGGACAAGCUUGCAAGCCACCCUUUGCUACCAGGGCUGCGGCCUUCCAGCGUCGCUCCACACUGCAAGCGGCGCUGAAGGGCCGUCCUACUUCUCCCUUCAGGAGUCGCGGGAGCCAAGGGAAGCGAGGAGUGGGUCAGGGGCAGCACUGGGGCUCGUAACCAUCACCACUGUUGCUGGCAUGGGCAUGCGUGCAGGCAUGCGUGCAGGCACAGGAGCAGUUGCAGGUGCUGCUGCUGCCGCUGGUGCGGAUGAGGCGGUGACGCGGGCGUGGGUGGGGGGGCUGCGAGUGCUGGUGGUGGACGACACGCCCGUCAACCUCCUCGUGGCCCGCCGCUCCCUCGCCCGCUGGGGGGCGCUUGUGACCACCGCCAACCAUGGGCAACAAGCAGUGGACUUAAUCGCUGCUGGCUUGCAGGAGAGCUCCCUCGCCCGCUGCGGCACCCUCGUCACCACCACCUCUAUUGGGCUGGAGGCGAUUGAGUCGAUUGCUGCUGGCCUCAUCUCCUCCGCCUCCCACGGGCAGCAGGCCAUUGACCCGCUCGCUGCUGGGUUGGUGGGGUGUGGGGGAUGGGAGGAGGAAGAGAGAGGGCAGCAGGCAGUUGGGGAGGAGGGAAGACAGCAGCAGGAGGCGAGAGGGGAACAGGAGGCGAGAGGGGAGAAGGAGACGAGAGGGAAAGAGGAGGGGAGAGGGAAGCAGGAGGCAAGAGGGCAAGAGGAAGGGAGAGGGAAGCAGCUGGCGAGAGGGCAGGAGGAAGGGAGAGGGAAGCAGCUGGCGAGAGGGCAGGAGGAGGGGGAUGCGUCCUUGCAGCAUGGCUUCGAUUUGGUUCUCAUGGACUUGCAGAUGCCGGGCAUGAAUGGCUUCGCAGCAGCAGCAGCCAUACGAGCUCUUGAGAGGAGGAUGAGGUUUGAAACAAUUUCACGGGCACAGAAAAGGCAGCAGCAAACCCCUUCUGCUCUUUGCAUCCCUCUCCUAGAAGCUUCAAACCCUGCUGCUGCUGGCACUGGUGUUGGUGCUGUUGCUGCUGCUGCUGGAGGUGAUGGUGGGUGGGUAGGGUCUCUGCGGGUGCCCAUAGUGGCUCUGACAGCAGACGUGGAUCGCAGAGUGGUGCAGAGGUGUGCAGAAGGGGGGUUUGACGGUGUGCUGCAGAAGCCAGUGGAUGCCUACCUGCUUGCCGCCCGCCUCGCCCAGAUGCACUCCCAGAGGUCACUCCUACAGAUCAUGCCACACCCCAAUACUGGCAUCCCACCACAAACAGACACCAUCGAUGCAGCAGCCAGUGAUUCUUUUGAAUGCUGA